AUGGAGCAGCCUGAGGGAUACGUUGACAAGGAUCAUCUAGAUAAGGUCUGCUUGCUGAAAAGAUCACUGUAUGGGCUUAAUCAGUCACCAAGGCAGUGGAACACCAGGUUCGACGAGUUUAUGCAGUCAAACAACUAUCAACGUAGCGAGUACGAUGUUUGCAUCUACUACAAGGAGCACAAAGACGGAGAGUUUGUUUAUCUACUGUUGUACGUUGAUGAUAUUCUCAUCGCAUCCAGAGAUAAGAAACUAGUAGAAGAUUUGAAGAAGCUUUUGAGUUCAGAGUUCGAGAUGAAAGACUUGGGCGAAGCUAAGAAGAUCCUAGGCAUGGAGAUUACAAGAGACAGAUCCAAAGGAAUUCUCACUGUCUCUCAAGAAGGCUACUUGACGAAAGUGUUAGGGAAUUUCGGCAUGGAUCAAAAUAAAGCCACUGGGACUCCAUUAGGUGCUCAUUUCAAGUUGCAGGCAGCUACAGAGAAACAGUCCCAGGAUCAGCGAGAAUCAAUGAAGAAUGUCCCAUAUCAAAGCGCCGUCGGAAGUCUAAUGUACGCGAUGAUAGGGACGAGGCCAGACUUAGCUUAUGCAGUUGGAUUGGUUUGCAGGUUCAUGAGCGAUCCGAUCAAAGAUCACUGGGCAGCAGUGAAGUGGAUUAUGAGAUACGUUAAUGGUACUUUGAAGAGGAAGUUGGUCUACAAGCGAGAAGGAGAGUUCGUCAUAAAGGGCUAUUGUGACUCAGACUAUGCAGCGGAUAAGGACAAGAGACGUUCGAUCUCAGAAAUGGUUUUCACAGCUGGAGGCAAUCCGAUAAGUUGGAGAUCGAAUUUACAGAAGAUUGUGGCUCUCUCCACAACUGAAGCAGAGUAUAUGGCGUUAGCGGAGGCAGCUAAAGAGGCAGUUUGGUUACAUGGUCUAAUGAAUGAACUUGGGUUCAAGCAGGAAGCGGUACAGAUCUACUGUGAUUCUCAGAGUGCCAUUGCUUUGGCAAAGAAUGCUGUUUUUCAUGAGAGGACGAAACACAUUGCAGUGAAGUUUCAUUUCAUCAGAGAUUUGAUCAGUAUGGGGUUAGUUCAAGUUUUGAAGAUAGCUACAAAGUACAAUCCAGCGAAUAUAUUGACGAAGGUUCUACAAGUUGGGAAGUUUCAAGAGGCUUUGAGAUUUCUCAGAGUGAAGGAAGAUUGA